AUGCUCGGGAUCUGCCCCAGCCCGGCCCAGCCCAGCCCAGCCCCUGCCAGCACCGCAGCGAUCCUGGCGGGAGCCGCAGAGGCCCCGAGCAGCGGAGAUAACGGUAGCCGGCGGAGGCCGCGCCUGCCCACCCCUCGCCACCCCGGGUCGGGCUCCUUCCUCCGGCCCCGGUGCCCAGGCAGGCCCGGCCGGGGGCCUCCCGCCUUCCCGGGCCGCAUCCGCCCGCCAGGGGCCCACAAAAGCCCCCCGCCAACGCCGGCACUCCGCAGCCCCCAUUCCAGUGGGCUCCCAGGGGCUCGGGGCGUGACCCCCCAGCUGCAGCGCGGCGAGCGGGGGCACCGCGGCGAGCCCUCACACAAUAAAGGGAUCCCGAGGCGGCCGCCGACCCUCCCCCCGGCCGCCCGGCGGCAGCGCGCCCCCGCCACAUUUCCCGCCGCGGCGGCCCGCGGACGCCCCCACGCCCCUCGGGCCCUGCCGCCCCGGCGCCCGCGAAGGCCCGCCCUCCCCGGAGCCCCCAGCCCGCCGUCCCCCAAAGCUCCGGCGCCCGUCCGCCCAGCCCUCGGCGAGCCCCUCUCCCACGCCCGGGGGGCCAGGCCCGGCCUAGCCCACCACCCAGCCGCCCUCCCCGGCCGGCGCCCCCACACACCGGGGUCCCACACCGGGACGCUCGCCUGGGCUGCGGACUCCCACACGCCGAGGACCCCCGGAAAUACCCCCCAGGGGUCGCCCUGCCGCACUCGCGGGCCCUGA